CAGAUGCUAGACAUGGGCAUUCCGACGACAGUGAUGUUCCGAGUAGUCGUCAUCGCCGUUUUCACCCUAUCGACCGCUGCAGCCGCAGGCAAUGCGACAGCGAGUCCGAGCUCCGUGACCAAUUCAACGGCGAGCUCGACCAAGAACACCACGGCGCCACUGUUGCCGCCGUUUGGCACGAACCACGCGGUGGGCGACGGCGCGGGGUGGAUCUUCGACUGGAAGGCGAACGCCUCGGCCGCCAACUACUCCGCCUGGGCUGCGAACCGCACUUUCUUCCUCGGCGACUACCUCAGCUUCAGGACGGACACCAGCAACACGGUGGUGCACACGACCAACGCCACGGCGUACAGGUUCUGCAGCGCCGGCGUCGCGGCGAGAGGCGGCGGCGGCGGGUGGAAGCCGGAGGAGGCGUUCCUCGUCGUGAUGCUCACGGCGGAGGGCACCAACUACUUCUUCUCCGACGCCUUGGACGGGGAACACUGCCGGAAGGGGAUGCGGUUUCAGGUCGGCGUGGCACAUGGCCGCGGUCUCCCGUCGGUGCCCCCGUCGUACUACGAGCCACUCUCCGGCGCGCCGGCGGGGACGCGAGCGCGACACGAUGGAGCUGUGGCCGUGUGGGGCGUUGCGAUGGUUGCAGCCUUUGCUGCACUUGCGUUUUCUUGAUUUUUUUUUAUUAUUCAUAACACAGGUUGUUGACAACCAAAAAUGGCUAAUAGUACGAGGAAGGCUUUUG